UCAGAACAGAAAAGGUGUAAGAGAAAGACAAAUGGGUCAAUGAAAAAUCAAAGCUUUGUGUUUUCACUUUCACUUUGCUUUCUUCCAUUUCAUAUCAUUUCCAUAGCUCAAAUCCCCUUUUUCCUAGCUGUAUAUUAAAAAUAAAAAAAACAAAAAGCCAAGCUAUUAUCUGAUUAAUUUAUUCAUAUAAAGCUGUAUUUUUUUUUAUUUUUUUUUUGGGUUUCUUUUGAGGAAUAAGAUUGGUAGCAUAGCACUAGUAUUUUGUUAUUUGGUUAUGGUGUUUAUUAGUAAUUGAAAGGAGUUCGUGAGUGAGUUGUUACUGAGUCAACUCGAACGAGUUAUCAAUGGGUUGUUGUCAAUCUUCAAUCCUGCAAGAGUUAAGCUCAGAGAAGGAUCAGCGCCAUGGAGGAGUGAGCCACCCACGCGCUUCCAACGGCACCGGCGCCGCCGUGGGUGAUGGUGGUGUACCGGUUUUUUCGGAGUUCUCACUCUCUGAGCUCAAAGCAGCUACGAAUAACUUCAGCUCAGAGUUUAUAGUUUCUGAAAGUGGUGAAAAGGCACCUAAUAUGGUUUACAAGGGCCGUUUGCAGAAUCGGCGUUGGAUCGCUGUUAAGAAAUUUACUAAAACGGCUUGGCCUGAUCCUAAACAGUUUGCGGAUGAAGCAUCAGGUGUUGGGAAAUUGAGGCAUAAACGGCUGGCUAAUUUGAUUGGGUACUGUUCUGAUGGGGAUGAGAGGCUGCUUGUAGCUGAGUACAUGCCAAAUGAUACACUUGCUAAACAUCUGUUUCACUGGGAGAAUCAAACCCUUGAAUGGGCCAUGCGUUUAAGGGUGGCUCUAUAUAUUGCUGAAGCAUUGGAUUACUGUAGCAGUGAAGGUCGACCACUAUACCAUGACUUGAACGCAUAUAGAGUUCUCUUCGACGAGAAUGGCGAUCCCCGUCUUUCUUGUUUUGGGCUGAUGAAAAAUAGCAGGGAUGGUAAAAGUUAUAGCACGAACCUUGCUUAUACACCUCCUGAGUAUUUAAGAAAUGGAAGAGUUACUCAAGAAAGUGUUGUUUUCAGCUAUGGAACUGUCCUUUUGGAUCUGCUAAGUGGAAAACAUAUUCCUCCUGGUCAUGCACUUGAUAUGAUACGGGGCAAAAACAUUCUUCUAUUAAUGGAUUCACAUUUGGAGGGAAAUUUCUCGACAGAAGAGGCAACCGUUGUAUUUGAUCUGGCUUCACGCUGCUUGCAGUAUGAACCCAGGGAGCGACCAAAUACCAAAGACCUCGUUUCAACACUUGGUCCAUUGCAAAGUAAACCUGAUGUCGCAUCUCAUGUAAUGUUGGGUAUUCCUAAGCCUGAGGAAGCUCCACCAACUCCACAGCACCCUCUUUCUGCAAUGGGUGAUGCUUGUUCGAGAAUGGAUCUCACAGCUAUUCAUCAGAUUUUGGUAAUGACACAUUAUAAAGACGAUGAAGGGACAAAUGAGUUGUCUUUCCAAGAGUGGACUCAGCAGAUGAGGGAUAUGUUAGAGGCAAGAAAACGGGGAGACUUGGCAUUUCGGGACAAGGACUUUAAAACGGCCAUAGAUUGCUAUUCUCAGUUCGUAGAUGUGGGAACAAUGGUGUCUCCAACUGUCUAUGCACGGAGAAGUCUUUGUUAUCUCAUGUGUGAUCAACCGGAUGCUGCCCUUCGAGAUGCAAUGCAAUCACAAUGUGUCUACCCAGAUUGGUCUACAGCAUUUUACAUGCAAGCAGUUGCACUUUCCAAGCUAGACAUGCACAAAGAUGCAGCUGACAUGUUGAAUGAGGCUGCAAUUCUCGAAGAGAAAAAACGAGGAGGAAGAGGAUCUUGAUCUUGAUAAUACCCGACUUGUAUCAUUCUUUUGGUUCUAUCAUUUAUUCUUGUCACCACAAAAUUAGCCUAAAGUUCUUGUAUCAUUUGUUUGAGUGUGAUUGCCUUAGAACUAUGUAUGACAAAGGAAGAGAAUCAUUUGCUUGGUUGGUAAAUGCGCAUGUCAAGUUUUUCA